AUGAAGAACAGAAAGCAAUGUGUUCAAGAUACUGAGGAUCAGAAGCAUGAAAGCAUGGAAGGUGAAGAAAAUGAAGAAAGCUGUUCCUGUUCUACUUUAUUAUAUGAUGGUGACACAUGCCCCAUCUGUCUGAACUGCCUUCUAGAACAAGAGAUUGGUUUUCCUGAGAACUGCAGUCAUACCUUCUGCAUGACUUGUAUUCUUAAAUGGGCUGAGACACAGGCUUCAUGUCCUAUUGAUCGCAGGCCGUUUCAAGCAGUAUGCAGGCUUGAUGCAUUAGAAGAGAAGAUAAAGGUUCAAGUUAAAAAUCAACCAAAGAGGAAGGAAGAAGAGGAAAACCGUACCUGCAGUAAGGGAAAAUAUAGCCAUGUGAAGAUGAGAAACUUUGUGAGAAGGGCUGUAUGUCCAGACAGAGGGCCAUUAACAGCAAAAUUAAGCGAAGUUGUGAAGAAAAAAUACAAUAAUGUUUUGUUUGACAAACGAAUCAAGAAAGCUUUGUCUGUGAAGAUAAACAAGCCCAGAAGACAGACCUGUUGGAAUGAGUGCUUCAGAACUAAUUUCUUCAGCACACUUAUGGCCGGUGGUAGUAAUGAAGAAUCCUUUUUUAGCUGUAGAAAUGACUGUACAGAAUUCACAGAAGUCAAUGCAGCGAUCAGACAGAAGAGACAAGAACUGGAAUUGUCCUGUUCAUCUGUGCUUGCUAGAGUUGAAAGAAUUCCUUUAGUGUCUUAUGGAGCUGAAGCUGAGACCUUUCUUCUCACUUCUACUAUGGUGGCAGGGGCAAUUCUUCCAACAAAUAUCAGGCCUUUGGAAAACUUUGAAACUUUAGGCAAAGGAUAUGCUGUCGCAUGUACGCAAGAAGGAGAAGAGAAAAAGCAAGCUUCGGGUUCAUCUGGAACUAGAGGAACUAGAAGGAAAUCAGUUAACACUACUCCUAGAAGAAGGUCUACACGGAACAGCAAAAAUGAGACUCUUGGUCAAUCUCGGAGCUCACCUCGGACAAGCAGUUCUGCGUGUGGUGCCUCUGAUAGCAAUAACCCAUCUCUCAAUAAAUCUCCUCCAGGAUCAGAGAAUGCUCCUCCGAAACGGAAGUCUAAAAGAACAGUUAAACAACAAACACCUGUGGUUAAAAAGAAACUGAGAAGUUCUGCGUGUUCUGAAAAAUUGCCCAGUGAUUCAGUGGAAGAUGAUGACAUUGCUGAGUCUGAAGCAGUUGUAACAUUAGAUAAAGACCAGCAGUCAGAUAAUGAAAGCAAUAACACAAGCCUUCUACAGAAAAAUAAGGCAGAAACAGAAUCUGCUAAUGGAUUGGAGAGCUGUAGUGAACAUGCAGGGACUGGAGAAACUACAGGAGAAUGUGACAAAGAUGAAGAUACUUUAGGCAACAUGGAUGUAAGUUUUUCUGUCCAAGAACCUCCAGUGCUAACUUCAGAGGGCGAAAGUCAGAAAUUUGAAGUAAAAGUUGUUACUGAAAAAAAUGGAGAUCAUAAGAAUCAGGACGUCUGUGAAAAUACUUUUGGACAAAUGGAAACAGUAGCCAGUCACAGAGAUGAAGUAUGUGACCAUGCAGCUUUUUCAAAAGUAGAUCAGACAUUGUGUAAUCCUCAAAAUGAAUUGAUGGAGAACAUAGAAACUCCAACAAAAAUUGAUCAACCCAUAGCUAGUCCAGAAAAUGAAUUGUUGGAAUAUCCAGAACCGUUGGGAAAAGAUCAGCCAUUAAAGAGCCCCAGAAGCAAAUUAUCUGAGCAUCCAGAAGCCACAGAAAUAGAUUAUUCUGAGGCUGAAGAGAAAACAGUAGAAGACUGUGCAAGUACAAAUAUUCAGAACUUAAAAACUGUUAAAGACGAAGAACCAGAUACAUUAAUACACAAUAUUUCCACAGACAGUACAUCAGAACAAUCCUUAAAAGAGAAGACCAUGCCAGAAAGUGAAGAGGGUAGAACUUCAGAGUCGCCUCAGGUAAAUGCUGAACAUAAACGUUUUGGUGAAGAUAACAAUGAAAUGAUACCAAUGGAUUGUGACUCAUUUUGCAGUGACCAGAAUGAACCUCAGAUUGAGCAGUUACCACCAGGUGAAAAUAUAGAGCAAGGAGAAGUGAACUCCUUACAGUGUGAUACGGGAAACUGUACAUCAGUUUCAGGACUUUCUGAUGAAAAAGGUGAAACUAUUCCUCAAGAAAAGGAGUGCCAGUCCGAACUCAAAAAAGAUAAAAAGCCUCGAACUAGAAGGUCUAGGUUUCACUCUCCAUCAACAACUUGGUCUCCUUCUAGAAGAGAGGGCAGGAAAUCUCAAUCACCAUCCCCUAAAAGGGAGAUGACGAGAGAUAGGAGCUCACGAUCACCCAAGAAGGAAACUGCGAGGGAGGGAAGGAGAUCUGUAUCUCGUUCUCCGAAGAGAGAGACACUUAAAGAUGAGAAAAAAACACCACCUCGAUCUCCCAAAAGGGAAUCUGUCAGGGAAAGCAGAAGAUCGUCUUCUCGAUCAAGAACUAAGGAUUCAUCUCCAAGGCAAAAAUCUAGAUCUCGAAGCAGUGAUAGAGAUAGUCAAAGAAGAGAUCGUGACAGAGAAAGAAGUAGGAGGUGGUCUAGGUCACGGUCACGAUCUAGGUCAAGGUCACGAUCUAGGACAAGAAAUAAAAGUUCUUCAUUCUCUAGAAAUGAGAGGGACAGUCAUUCACCUCGAUGGAAAGAGAGAUGGGCAAAUGACAGCUGGAGGAGUCCCAGAGGAAAUGAUCGAUACAGAAGAAGUGAUCAAGAAAAACAGAAUGAAAGUCUUAAAAAAGAAAAGGACAGUACAGAAAAAAACAGUGGUGAUCAGUGUUCUUCAGAUAAGCGAAGGAAUGAUUGUCCAGACUGGGUAAUGGAAAGGAUAAACUCUGUUCCUGAAGCCAGGAACAGAGAGAGAGAUAAACCACAUUGGGAAGAUGGCAGGCAUGAUAGUACAGGACACUCUUGGAAUAAAAACUUUGGCUCAGGUUGGAUUCCGAAUCGAGGAAGAGGUCAACGUGUCCGAGGUGGGCGUGGAAGAGGUGGUUUCAUGUAUGGAGACCAGAGUGAAAAUCACUGGCAAAGUAGAAAACCUCUCUCAGGGAACUCAAAUAGUUCUGGGAAUGAAACUUCAAGGUUCUCAGAACAUCAGCCAUACAAGCGUAAGAAUGAACAAGAUUAUUCUUUUGAUACACCUGCUGACAGAUCUGGGUGGACAUCUGCAUCCAGCUGGGCUGUAAGAAAGACUUUACCUGCUGAUGUGCAGAAUUAUUAUUCAAGAAGAGGACGCAAUUCAUCAAGCCCCCAGUCUGGAUGGGGAAUGAGACAAGAAGAGGAGACACCUGAAGAAGAUCCAAACCUCAAAGAUCAAGGCAACCAGCAAAGUGAUGGUUCUCAGUUACCAAUAAAUAUGAUGCAGCAACAAAUAAAUGUAAUGCCACAAGUGAAUGCACAGCACCAACCUAUGAAUAUCUUUCCAUAUCCAGUGGGUGUCCAUCCUCCCAUGAUGAAUAUGCAACGAAGUCCUUUCAACAUCCACCCUCCAAUGCCCAUCCAUCUCCCUACUGGAGUGCCUCUCAUACAGGUAGCUGCUCCCACAAAUUUGUCUCAGGGAUUACCUCCGCCUCCACCUCCACCCCCACCAUCUCAACAAGUCAACUACAUUGCCUCACAGCAAGAUGGAAAACAAUUGCAGGGUAUUCCAAAUGCUGCUCAUGUAAGUAAUAACAUGAGUGCUCCAGCCUUGCCUGCUCCGACAGCAGUCCUGGGAAAUGUGGGAGCAGUUCAGGGACCAAGUUCGGGUAAUGCAACAUCGUCAAGUCACAUCAAGAGCUCUAAUGCAGCUGUAAAAUUGGGAGAAAACAAAAAAUUGUUAAUUCAAGAAAAAGCGGCACAAGAGGUCAAACUAGCUAUUAAACCUUUCUACCAAAAUAAAGACAUCACUAAGGAAGAAUAUAAAGAAAUUGUACGGAAAGCUGUAGAUAAAGUUUGUCAUAGCAAGAGUGGAGAAGUUAAUUCUGCAAAAGUGGCAAAUCUAGUGAAAGCGUAUGUAGACAAAUACAAACAUUCACGGAAGAAAAAUCCUGAAGAGGCAGUCUCUUGUGAAAGGAAAUAG